UCUGCUUUUAAAUAGCUAACGUCGUAACGGCAGUCUUGUUUACAGUUCGCUUCUCCACCACUACAGUAACUUUGGCGCUACCGUUUUAAAGUCAGUGCGCUACCUGUUAUAAAGCAUCAUCUAAACAAAACAAACGUACUGCCCACAGAAUGCUGCCGCAAUCGUCUGCGGCCCCCUUCGGGAAAAUCUACGGGACGUAAUCUGUGUUCGCGCUGUUAUGAUCGCCCAUCGUUGUGCGCCAGUUUCCUGGAGCGAAGCAGCCGUGGCACGAUGAUCCUCUCGCUGCUCAGGCUGCCGCUGACCGUGCUCAACAGCGCCAGGCAGCUGGUAUCGCAGACUUUCUUCGUGGCCGUGCUGUUCUCGGUGAUAACGUGGACUUCGAUACUGCUGUACGGUGUCUUCUACUGGAACUACAUUCCCAAGUCAUCGCACGUCUUUCCGGUGCACCUGCACUUCGAGUCCAGAGCAUGUCCCGCUGGCUUUUGCGACUUCCUGAUGGCCAACGUGACCAUCGUGAGGCCGGGACAAGACGACUACCUGGCCAGAGGACAGCGCUACAAGAUCUACCUGGAUCUUGAGAUGCCGGAGUCCGAGGCAAACCAGAGGAUCGGUAUGUUCACAGUUGUACUCGACAUGAUCAGUGAAGACGGGGAAGUGCUGAAGUCUACGCACAGAUCGGGUGUUCUUCGUUACAAGUCUAUGCUCGUCAAACUCUUCUCCACGUUGGCUUACAUUCCGAUGCUCCUCUUUGGCUCGGCAGAGGAGAAGCAGACGGUGUCUCUCCAGCUGUUUGAGAAGUAUGUGGAAGACUAUUCAAAGCCGGCCACGCAAGCAGGCCUGGUCAUCAGAAAUAGCCACAUCGAGGUCUACACUGCAACACUAAAAAUAUACGCAGAUUUCACUGGAUUAAGGUACCUCCUCUACAACUGGCCGCUCUUGUCGGCCGUCGUGGGCAUAUCGACCAACUUUUUUUUUGUGAGCCUGGUGGCACUGCUCUCUUGGAACCACCUCACUCCGGCCAAGCCAAAGCCGCGCCGCCGCUCCUCGGACGCCAGGAAGAAGGGCGCUGAGAAAGCCAAAGUGGACGAAAACGUCGACGAGACCGAAGCUGACUCGUCUAGCGACGCCAGCUGCGGCCAGCCUGACAUUGUCAAGGAAACAGGCGACGCCAAGAUCAGGAAGAGGAGAGAGCUGGACGAGAAGACGGGGAAGACUCUGAGGCAACUCUUUGGGGCAACGUCGCACGAAAGCAGCACUAGUCUCUCUUCAAUGGGUGGCGGCCAAGAGGCAAGCAGCAGCACCAGGCAGCGGACAUCGACAUGAGCCCUAAAAAGUUUCGCAGAGCUUUUACGUUAGCGCUCUUGGAUAAUCAUAGACUUGAAGCUCCUCCUUCACUCUGCAGGAUUGAGCACAGAGUCGCCUCUUGACUCGGUACUUGCUGUGUAGUGCCAUUGCAAAGUAGCGACAACUUCUGUUGAUCGCCAGCACUGCCACACUCUUCCUUCAGUUCCAUUGAAAGGCUUAACAGAAGAAAUGUCCUUUCUAGAGCACCGGGGCACACGCAGUGCCACAGGAGUCGCACGUCGGCUGUGAUAGUUUCUGGUCUGUUAUACUGCUCCCGCGCAGGUUGUGCUUCGUUACUUUGUAAGUGAGAGCGUUGCUCAGUUCUAUGGCAUUGUGUUGCACCUCAUGCGUAUGUAUUGUGCCAUGUAUGGCACUAUGGUUUUGUAUGAUGAAAUAGAUAUGACUUAUGUUGUAAUGUUCGAUUAUACUCUCGUGCCCAAAAGUAGCAGAGAGCUCUCUCCAGUGUGUACUCUGUGUUUUAGUGCAACCUAACGAGAUUGUUGUGUUGGUGUCUCACAGUGGGUGUCCUGCAGGUUAUAAGUAUGUCUCUUUGAUCUAAAACAAGUGCUACGCGUGCAUUCCCACUAGUGAUUGACCACAAUUGGCGACCAAGAGAUGAUUCACUGUGACCAAGGUUCACACGACCUGUCUGUUGCUGCAAGCAAGUGCGUCACAAUCAGUUAGUCUUAUUCACAUCUGCUCGCAGUGUGGUUGCAGCAUAAAAUGAGUGACAGCGUGUAUGUACCUCUUGCCCGUGCAUUGCAGGUUGGUCUAGGAGCAUUGUGAGUGCAGUUGCGUGACCAAGAAGCCAAGCUUGCAAGCGACUGACCCGUGAGCAUUCGAUUGCUCGUUUUAUGGGUGAAUUCUGACACUUUUGCGAGCACCUCAAAAACUUGUAUUGGCUUGUGCAAAUGUCAAAUCCUCAUACAGCCAGCUGAUCAUUCCUCAGUAUAAGCAAUAUCUGCCAUGACUUUUAGUUCGUGUCAUAUUUGCAUUCUAGCUCAAGUUGUGUGCCAGUUUGUUUUUUCUGCCAGCGAAACUUGUUUGAGAUUUUAAGCUUUGCCGUAAUUUUCACUUGACAAUUGUGCGGGAGUUCACUUGUGUUUGUCGGGGAUGAAAUAAUCCGUGCUGGCAGGCAGUCAGAACGUCACAGUCCUUCAGAAAUCCUUUUUGUGAAGCAUUCCCCCCCCAUUUCAUCCGCGGUGCAUAAACUUCAAGGAAAACAACCCAAGCAUGGCAACGCAGCCUACUCCUCCGCUUGUACAAUAAGCAUUCUGUCUUG